AUGUCGAUGAUAAAUGCUUUGAAGCAAAUAUUAUUGUGGAUAUUGAGUUUGCUUCCUAUAGCUCUUGCAGCACCAACAGGAUAUGAGCAUAUAUCAGUACCAAAUGACCAUGCCCCUUCGUACCAACUUCAGAGUAAAGAAACAAAACCAAUAAUUGUUACCCUACUAGUAGACAACGAAGAAAGGGGGUACGGAAAUCUUCAAAGUGAAGUUGGUCAAAUCCAACAAAAUAGUUAUGGCCAAUCUGAGUUAAGUGGAUAUGGUCAGAAACAUCAAAAUGAACAUGAUCCAAUACAGAAAAGUGAUCAUGGUCAGUCUUAUCGUAGAGGACACAAUAAAGUAAAUGUGCAUGGAACUCAGCAACAAGGAGCUAAUGGUAAGAAACUGGCUUCCGAAAAACCCGAAAGUUUAAUACUCAUUUUAAAUCUUCCAGAGAGAACUGUAAAACAAGCUCAACACCCAAGUUACGUCCAUCAGCAGAGACAGUCAAAUUAUGGCCACCCACAACAGUCUGGUUACAGACAAGCACAGCAAGUUGGAUAUGAUCAGCAGCAGAAACAGUCGCAUGAUGGCCAACAACGGCAGUCAGGUUAUGGACAAAACCACCAAGUCGGAUAUGCUCAACAGCAGAAACAGUCGCACGAUGGGCAACAACGCCAGUUUGGUUAUGGACAAAACCAACAAGUUGGAUAUGGUCAACAGCAGAAACAGUUGCGUGAUGGCCAACAACAGCGGUCUGCCUAUGGACAAACCCAACAAGUUGGAUAUGAUCAACAGCAGAAACAGUCGCAUGAUGGCCAACAACGGCAGUCUGGUUAUGGACAAAACCAACAAGUUGGUUACGGUAAAAAUCACCAGUCCGACGACAAACAAACUCGGCAAUCAGGACAUGGUCAGCAGCAUCAGGAAAAAAACCAACCGCAAAAUGUUCCUGUACUUCUUAUUACACUUGAUCAAAAGGGCAAACCUAAAACAGUACAUGAUCAACAGCAGUCUACAGGGUAUGGUGAAUCAAGAUCUUCUAGUCAUGGUCAUCAGUCUUCUAGAUAUAGAAAACAGUCUAUUGGACAUAGUCAAAGACCUUCAGGGUAUAAUCGCCAACUACCCUUUAAAAAUAGUCAACAGUCUUUAGGAUAUGCUGAGCAAAAAUCAUCAGGAUAUGAUCAGCAUAGCUAUUCUGAUCAUGAUCAACAACAACCUAUUGGCGAUGACCAUAGCUCUUCGGGAUACGAUCAAGAGUCAUUUAGGCAUACAUCAAGAGAUAAUUAUAAAGGUCAAAAUGAUAAAGCAAAUAUUUAUGUUCUCUUACUUCCCACUCAAAAUCAAAAUGAAGAAAACCAAUCCAGGUCGAAUCAUGCAGGACAGCAGUCUAGAGACAGACAUGAAGGUCAAAAAUUCAAAAGAGGGAACAGUGGAGGAUAUAGAGGUAAUGGAGGAAAGUCAUAUGUCUUUAACCAGACCAAAAAUUCAAAAUCAUCUUAUUUUAUCAGUCACUAA